AUGCGAACUCGAUCGAGUCAGUCUACAGAGGACUUGGUCGAGCUAGACUUUACAACGGGUAGAAAGAGGAUUCAGAGGUCACAGAGGGUACAAGAGGAACCUGAGGUGCUUGUUGCUGAUACAAUGGACGUACCAGAGGGGAAUGGAAACCCUUUGGGCAAUGGACUCGGUCGAGCUAGGCAAACUCGACCGAUUGGUCAAGGAGAUGCUCCAAACCGCCACCAACAGAGACAAGGGAUUUUUCCACCACCAGUGCAGAACCACAACUUUGAGAUCAAGCUGGGAAUGAUCAACGUUGUUCAGAACAAGAUGUUCCAUGGAUUGCUGAUGUACUUGCAUUUUACAUAG